AAUAUACCAUAGGGGCUGUUUGUCUCGGUAAGCCCUUUGCAAGAAGGAUACCUCAUGAACAUGAAGCCCAUGCAAAUGAGUUCAAAUCAGUUCCCUCCAAUUUUUCGUUCUUCUUUAUUAAUCUCUUUACCCAAAAUGGCAACAACCUCUCUACAAGUGCAACAACUCGCUGUCCUUUACUGCUCUUCCAAGAGCAAGAAAAUCAAGAAACAAAAACAACUAACCCAGCAGCAACAACAACAAAAACAAAAACAAAUUCACCAAAACAACAACAAAAUCUCCUUUCGAAAACCAACUCCAACCCCACUCCUCAUUAACCAAAAACCUUACACCCAAACAAAAACCCAAGCCCUUGACUCUGUUGUUAAUGACCUUGAAGCCUCUGUUGAGAGAGGUAUAAAGAUUGACAUUGAAAUAUUUUCUUCUCUCUUAGAAACAUGCUACCAUUUGCAAGCUAUUGGUCAUGGUAUCCGAAUUCACCGCCUUAUUCCCGUAAACCUUUUACGUAAAAACGUAGGCUUAUCGUCGAAGUUACUGCGUUUAUAUGCGUUGUGUGGGCAUAUCGAUAAGGCUCACGAUGUGUUUGAUGAAAUGUCUAAACGAGACAUAUCGGCUUUUGCGUGGAAUUCACUUAUCUCCGGGUACACUGAAUUGGGUCAAUGUGAAGAUGCCGUGGCGCUUUACUUUCAAAUGGAGGAAGAGGGUGUUGAACCGGAUGCAUUUACGUUCCCUCGUGUGCUGAAAGCUUGUGGGGGAAUUGGGUUGGUUAGAAUUGGUGAGGAGGUGCAUCGACAUGUGGUUCGCUGGGGGUUUGCAAAUGAUGGGUUUGUGCUCAAUGCUCUUGUUGAUAUGUAUGCCAAGUGUGGUGACAUUGUGAAGGCUCGGAAGGUCUUUGACAAGAUCACUUCCCGGGAUUUAGUUUCGUGGAAUGCUAUGCUCACGGGUUAUGUUCGUCAUGGGCUUUUGGUGGAGGCAUUAGACAUCUUUGGCCAAAUGCUUCAAGAAGGAUAUGAACCAGACUCAGUUGCUAUAUCCACAAUGCUUACCAAUUUGUCAUCAUUGAAGCCUGCACUUCAACUUCAUGCUUGGGUUCUUCGUCGAGGAUUUGAGUGGAAUUUGUCUAUUGCUAAUUCCUUGAUUGUUGUUUACUCCAAGCAUGGCAAGUUGGAUCGAGCAUGUUGGUUGUUUAAGCACAUGCCUGAGAGGGAUGUUGUGUCAUGGAACUCUAUAAUUACUGCUCACUCGAGAGACCCAGAAAUCCUAAGGUACUUUGAACAGAUGGAGGAUUCUGGUACAGUGCCAGAUAGUAUAACAUUUGUUUCAAUACUAUCAGCUUGUGCCCAUUUGGGCUUGGUGAAGGAUGGGGAGAGAUUGUAUUCUAUGAUGAGAGGAAAAUAUAGAAUAAGCCCAAUCAUGGAACAUUAUGCUUGUAUGGUUAAUCUUUAUGGGAGGGCAGGACUGAUCAAUGAGGCUUAUGCUACCAUAGUGGAGACAAUGGAGUUUGAGGCUGGUCCAACAGUGUGGGGGGCAUUGCUGUAUGCUUGCUUACUUCAUGGAAAUGUAGAUAUUGGGGAGAUUGCUGCUGAAAAACUUUUUGAGUUGGAACCGGAUAAUGAACAUAAUUUUGAGCUUUUGAUGAAUAUUUAUCGCAAUGUAAGUAAAUUGGAGGAUGUAGAAAGAGUGAGAAUGAUGAUGGUAGAAAGAGGAUUGGAUUCUUAGACCCAUCCUCAUACAGCUUAUAACAUAGAUGCCACGCAUCAGAUUCUCCAUUUUGGUUCACUACAAGUGCAAGAUGCCAUUUGAGUCUUUCCUUUGAUGCAAGCCUAAUGAUUUUAGGUUCUUUGGAUACAUUUAAAUGGACCUGCAUCACCUUCAACUGACCAUUUGGAUUGCAGAGAAGGGGCUGGCAGUGCACAAAGCUAAACUGUUGAUCUACUUCGGGUCUUCAUUGUGAGUGAAGUACAGGUUUAAUUUUGACAUCCAAGGCUAUUAUAAUUCAUUCAUAUUUAUGUUCUACUCCUCAAGCCCAUUAAAGGUUGGAAGACAAAAAAAAACUUUGUACGUGUUAUGAAACAUUUCUGACCCAAUCCUAUAUACAAAGACAAGAAAAUUAAUAGGUUUACUAUAAUGACAUUGGAACUUCUUGUAUCAAAAGUAUUGUGUAUUGUGCAUUUCCAGGGAAGUAUUUGUUUGCAGUGUCAAGACUGUCUCAGCUUCCAAAGAAUAGUGGAUAGACUAGUA